AUGGAUUUAAUGAAUCAGGCGUUUAAGGAUUACCUAGACAGGUUCGUUAUAGUAUUUAUUGAAGAUAUUCUUAUCAACUCAAGGAUGGAAGAAGAACAUGAGGAACACUUUCUAUUAACUCUUCAACGACUAAGGGAGCAUAAGUUAUACACCAAAUAUAAGAAAUUUGAAUUUUGGUUACCCCAAGUGGCAUUUUUGGGACACAUUAUAAGUAAGGAAGAAGUUAUGGUUGAUCUGGCAAAGAUUGCAACAGUAAAAGAUUGGCCGAGACCCGGGAAUGUGUCAGAAGUUUGUAGUUUUCUUGGAUUAGCCAAAUACCAUCGAUGGUUUGUGGAAGGACUUUCCAAAAUUUCCACGCCAUUGAUGGAAUUAACUAGGAAGAAUUUAAAGUUUGUUUGGACAGAAAUGUGUGAGUGUAGUUUUCAAGAGUUAAAGGAUAAGCUAGUUACUGCACCUGUAUUAAGUCUUCCGUCAGAUAAAGAAAAAUUUGUAGUUUAUUGCGAUGCAUCAAAAAAAGGAUUUGGUUGUGUGUUGAUGCAAGCUGGAAGAGUUAUAGCGUAUGCGUCAAGGCAGUUAAAGGAAUAUGAGCAACGUUACCCAACUCAUGAUUUAGAAUUAGUAGCAGUGGUGUUUGCUUUAAAGAUUUGGAGACAUUACCUUUAUGGAGAAAGAUGUAAGGCAAAUGUGGUUGUGAAUGCCUUAAGUUGCUGA